CUGGCAGAGGUGAGAACACUGGGGACUGAGCUUCAAAGGAUGGGGAGAAUUAAGUCCAGGGGUGGUGGGCAGUACGUGGUCCAAGGGCACUGUCCUGAAGCCAUGGUGACCAGUGCCAAGCGGGGACCCUCCUGACUCUGAAUGAGCUGGUGUGCAGGGGAGGUCCACCCCACUCUCCUCACCUCCCAUUACAGCUCCACCUUCCCAGGACAAGGGAAGGGUACAACUUCCUUCUGUCCUAGAGGAGGUUGGACUAGAUGUCCUCAAUGUAGUUCAGGUGAGGUGACACCCACAGCAGGGCAGUCUUAGAGGGUGGCAGGAGACCCUCAAGGGCCGGCUCAAGUCUGAGACAGGAGGGACCCAGGACAGAGCAGUAGACCCAGGGGAUGCUUUUCCUGCAGAGCAACAGGCAGCCGCGUUUUUAUCGUAGACUCUCCAGCAGCAGCGGGAGGGCUUUCAGCGAGAGGAGCCCUGCUGCUUUGGAGCCCAGGUCCCGGCCCUCGGUGACCCGCUGCGCAGGGAGGGCCUGGCAGCCGGUGCGCGCCGUGGCGCUCGGGCGCGGCAGCUGUGCCCGUCUGCCCAAGGGUUAACCCGUUCCCCUGCAGCUGCCGCGCGUGCCGUGCAGAAUCUCACCAGAAGAGGGUACAGUUGAAAAGCUCUUGACGUCAGGCUGGAAUUCCUAUUGUGUUUGGAAACGGCUUGGGCAAAGCGAGACAAGUUCGCUCUCCGCACACCUCGGCGCACGGCCGCGGGUCCGGCAGCUCCGGAACCGGCCCGCGCUGCCGGCGCACCCCGGGAAGGAGAACCUGCCUGCGGCCCACGAGAGGAGCCCUCCGGGGGAGGCCGAGCCAAGCGGCACAUCGCGCCGCCUGGAAGCGGGGGUGAGUGCCCCCAGCGGGGCCGCGGGCCUGGAGAACCCCCACCGGCGCGCCCCGGCGCCCGGAUGCCUGCCCUGAGCCCCGCCGCCGGGUGCAUGCCUCCGCCAGGGCCACCCAGCCCUUAGCUGCGGGCUGUGACCGCCCUUCCCCGCAGGCUCAGCCCGAGAGCCGCGCACUGGUGGGACCCGCCGGACCCCCGGCGGCGGCGGCGGCCGGGGACGCGGAGCCGGGGCUGCGAGGGCACACACCGGGAGCAUGGACGGGUCCGGGGAGCACAGCCUCCAGGAGGCGGGCAGCCAGGGCUCCGCGGCCGGCGACGACAUUGAGAUCGUCGUCAACGUGGGGGGCGUGCGGCAGGUGCUCUACGGAGACCUCCUGAGCCAGUACCCUGAGACCCGGCUGGCGGAGCUCAUCAACUGCUUGGCGGGGGGCUACGACACCAUCUUCUCCCUGUGCGACGACUACGACCCCGGCAAGCGCGAGUUCUACUUUGACCGCGACCCGGACGCGUUCAAGUGUGUCAUAGAGGUGUACUAUUUCGGGGAGGUGCACAUGAAGAAGGGCAUCUGCCCCAUCUGCUUCAAGAACGAGAUGGACUUCUGGAAGGUGGACCUCAAGUUCUUGGACGACUGUUGCAAGAGUCACCUAAGCGAGAAGCGCGAGGAGCUGGAGGAGAUCGCGCGCCGAGUGCAGCUCAUCCUGGACGACCUGGGUGUGGACGCGGCCGAGGGCCGCUGGCGCCGCUGCCAGAAGUGCGUCUGGAAGUUCCUGGAGAAGCCCGAGUCGUCGUGCCCCGCACGCGUGGUGGCCGUGCUGUCCUUCCUGCUCAUCCUCGUCUCGUCAGUGGUUAUGUGCAUGGGCACCAUCCCGGAGCUGCAGGUGCUGGACGCUGAGGGCAACCGCGUGGAGCACCCGACGCUGGAGAACGUGGAGACGGCGUGCAUCGGCUGGUUCACGCUCGAGUACUUGCUGCGCCUCUUCUCCUCGCCUAACAAGCUGCACUUCGCCCUGUCCUUCAUGAACAUCGUGGAUGUGCUGGCCAUCCUCCCCUUCUAUGUGAGCCUCACGCUCACGCACCUGGGCGCCCGCAUGAUGGAGCUGACCAACGUGCAGCAGGCGGUGCAGGCCCUACGGAUCAUGCGCAUCGCGCGCAUCUUCAAGCUGGCGCGCCACUCCUCGGGUUUGCAGACCCUCACCUACGCCCUCAAGCGCAGCUUCAAGGAACUGGGGCUGCUGCUCAUGUACCUGGCCGUGGGCAUCUUUGUCUUCUCGGCGCUGGGCUACACCAUGGAACAGAGCCACCCCGAGACCCUGUUUAAGAGCAUUCCCCAGUCCUUCUGGUGGGCCAUCAUCACCAUGACUACUGUGGGCUACGGUGACAUCUACCCUAAGACCACGCUGGGCAAGCUUAACGCGGCCAUUAGCUUCCUGUGUGGGGUCAUUGCCAUCGCCCUGCCCAUCCACCCCAUCAUCAAUAACUUCGUCAGGUACUACAACAAGCAGCGCGUCCUAGAGACGGCCGCCAAGCACGAGCUGGAGCUCAUGGAGCUCAACUCCAGCAGCGCAGGUGAGGGCAAGCCUGGGGGCUCCCGGAGCGACCUGGACAUCCUCCCCCCAGAGCCUGCGGGGAAGGAGGGGACAAGCUGGGGCAGCCGGCUGAAGCUCUCCCACAGCGACACCUUCAUCCCCCUGCUGACGGAGGAGAAACACCACAGGACCCGGCUCCAGAGCUGCAAGUGAGAGGAGGGUAUCCCGGGAAGAGAUGGACGGACGGGACCGUGGGGAUGGUGGGCUGCUCGAGAGGAGCUGCCCUGUGGCCCCCAGCCCUCCCCUGAGCAGACUCUGAAGGCCAAGGCUGGGUGAGCCUCCUGGGGCAGGUUGUGCAGGAGCCCUGGAGAGGGUGCCAGAGCCACAGGGCAAUGGGGGACCGUGAUCCCACGCCCCCUUCCGUGUCUCCUUCACAAAGCCUCCUGCUCCACGAACCCUUCCUCACUGUGGGUUCUGUCCCAGGCUGGCUGUCACCCCAGGGUGGCUCAGACGCACUCCCUGCAGGGCCAGCAGGUAGGUGUGCAGCCGGGGUGGGAGAGCUAUUUUUAACUGAAAGCUAACUAUGAAGGGAUAGGAGGAGGCAGGUCCAGUGCCAAGGGGCCUGGCCACGUUCCAGGAGGCCCGUGCAGGCCACUUCUUCUCCUGUUCCCUUCUUGGGAAGGUCAGUUCCCUGAGCACCCCCUGGAGGAGGGAGAGACCACAGAGCCCGCAGAGCUGGGAGGUUUUCACGACUUCUUGGUUCUGACCCCAGUACUUCUGAGGCACCUGCUAAGUGGACAGCUCUCAGCAUGGCCUCCAGAGGCUCACAGCCAGCCUCGUCUGAGAGCCCCAGGGAAACAACCAGACAGACCUGGGUUUAAGCUCAGGGAAUGAGGAGAUGAGAGAUGGCUUGGAGCUUAAAUGCUUUUCUCUAGUGCCCCUCCCCACCACUCUCCUACUAGCGGUGUGACCUUAGGCCUGUUGAUUAAUCUCUCUGCUCCUCAUCCUGAUUAUUAAGUGGGGAUAUAAAAUUAUGACCUCAGAGAAUCAUGGUUCUUAGUUCAGGGCCCAGCACUUAGUAAGUGCUCAAUAAAUGAUAGCUGUUUCUGUUGCUCUACUCUGGGAAGCAAGUGAGUUGUAGUUGCCCACUAUGGUCUCCACAGCCUAGGCAGAGGAGGCAGGGACAGGGCAUUGCCAUUCUGUUCUUGGUGGAAGGCAAGAGUUAGUCCUGCAGGCCCUUCUCUGGCUUCUGCCUUCCCACUUCGGACUGUGAGCCCUACAGUCCCGUCCUUUCCUCCCUGGGUGGAGGGAGGGACCCUGCAGUUGGGCAGAGGUGGAGGGUUCAGAUGAGGAAAGGAGGCUCCUCCUCAGUCUGCCACCAUCCCAGACUACGCUCCUAUUUCCUGGGCCUGCGAUUUCCCCUAGGUGAGAAGAGGGAUGAUUUCUCAGGCCUCUGCCAGGUCUGCCUGCCAGGAUUUUGCAGCCUUGGACUGGGGCUCCGGGAGGCAGAAGCUGUCCUCUGGAGGGGUCCUUGGGGGCAGGUCUUGGAGAGAGUUAGGGUGGUUCUUGUGGGAUGCAGAGCUGCAUGUGAGAGCAGAGCACCCAGCUGUGGUGGAGCCGGCUGUGGGUGGACGGUGUGGCAGGCCUGCCGAGGCUGCUGGAGGGGGGCUCCGCUGUGUCCGGCCCUCCCCGGGAGCACUCUGCAGGGGCCUGGGCACCUCCGACCAGGCUGGCCAGGACUGCUGUCCUGAGCUGACACUGUGUGCCUGUCCCUCCUUUGCUCUAGGAGGAAACUGGUCCUGUGGCUACCCCAGGUGGAGGAAUAGAGGUGGGGGCUAAAGAAGGGGGACUCAGUGGAGGGAGGAGGGGGCUUCGGGCCUGCGGGGGGUGUGGCCUGUGCAUCUGGGGCCCAGGCAGCUUGCUGAGUUGGUGGGUUUCCUCUCUGUCCCUUUCCCCCAGAGUUCCUGGAAAGCCCGGGGCCCGUGCCAGCCUGAGGGCUUUGAGCCCUGGAAAGGGGAGAAGCUCAGGGUUUGCAGAGAAGCCAGGAUGAUGAGGCAGGAGGCCGAGGUGGCCAGGCAGGAGGCCGAGGUGGCCGCGAGGCCCAACGCCCAGUGUGGUCUUGUAGCUCCCAAACCAGUGUGGGCUCCUCUCCUUACAAGGAGGAGACUGAGUCCCAGAGGGUAGCCCCUCAUGUGAGAUCUCCAUGAGUCAGGAUCAGAGGGCUCCUGGUCCCAGAGGGGCUCAGCCUGUGACAGUGACAUACUUCAUCAUGAAGGAGUGGCCUGGGAGCUCGGACGCCAGGAGGAGAAGCAGCUCUCAGUCCCUGGGACAUCUUUCUGGGGUCAGGUACUUGAAUUUUGCUUUCUAUUAGAACAGACUUGGGAGCUUUAAAAGCUGCCAGUGUCCAGGCCGUGCCCUGUUCCUAUUAAAUUAGAAUCUCUGGGGGUGACACUUAGGCGUCAGUAUUUUUUUUUAACUUUAACGUGCACAUGAGUCAUCAGAGAUUUGUUAAAACGUGGAUUUUAAAUUUGUGAAGCUGGUGGGGCCCUGGCGUUCUGCUUUCCCAAGGAGCUCCCAGGUUUGGCUGGGGAGGACCUCAGCUUCCAACAGCCAGAGGCCAGAGCAGGAAUCGGCCAGCAGUGGCUUGAGGGCCUGUGAAUUAAGAAUGGUUUUUAUAUUUUUAAACAGUUGGAAAAACUUAAAGGAAGUCUAACAUUUUGUGACUUGUGAAAAGUGCAUAAAACUAAAAUUUCAGUGUCUGCAAAUAAAGUCUUAUUGGAAUAGA